UAACUGGCAGCAUACUCAAGUGAUCGCAGCAUGCACGAGAUUACCGACAGGCGGACUAGCAUUGCCUGGUGAAGAAACAUAAAAAAGGGGGUCAGCGAUGUUUGAUUGGACCUGGGAUUUUAUUUAUGAGUGUGGAUUUCUGAACUCAUCAGGACCUUGGAGAAGAAAUUGUCGAUUGCUGUACCAGACGUGCAUCUCCAGCCACACUAUGACGUAACCAGGGUCAUCCCACGACAAUGGAAUCCGAUGAACCGGAUGUUAUUAUGGACACAGGGCAGAGUGAAUAUAAAAAAAUACCGGUAACCAGUAAAGCAAAGUCUUUGAACAGUGAGUCUGUUUCAGUUUUUAGUGGUAGUUUGGGACCUAAAGAUAGUCUGGGUAGCAUGACGCCCCAGGACAAUCCUCCCAAUCCUGUUGAUCAACAGAGAGCAGAGGAGCUAAGUAAGGAAACCAACUUGGCUCCAUGCACGAAGUUGGUGGAAUUUAACAGUUGUGAGAGUUGUGGACAGAAAUUAAGCUCGACACUAAAUCACCAUCACUGUGAUCCUCAAGAGCCCAGGGAUGAAGAUGCAGCCCAGGUCUCGGGAAGGGAGAUCACGGAGGUUGCUACUGAACUGUCUGAUAGUGAAGUGGAGACAUUUACUGGGAAGAUAGUGUAUAACCCUGACGGAUCUGCAUUCAUUAUUGAGGGAGAGUCCGAGUUUAGUGAUGAAGAAUGUAGCUUAGAUCUACCUCAGCAAGAAGGCAGCAUUGUUGAUUCGCGGGAGAUGUCUCCCCAACAGUACAGGGUUUUUCCUCAAGUGGUGAAUGCGUUUCACAUCUCCAAGAACCGUGCUCUUUAUAGUGCCCUGUACGGCCAAGCCUACAGUUUCCUUCAAGAGAAUAAAAAAGUUCCUGAAGUACCCAUUAUGCACUGUUAUAGGGUGUUUACUUUACGAGAGAAAUAUGAGACUAAUUGUAACGAUAAAAAUGAAAACUUUGGACCUGAUGAAAGGACAAGUAAUGUAAGCAAAGGAAAGAUUCCUUCUUUAGAAUAUUCUUCAAUUCCGGUUAAACCUAUUCUUAUGUGUUUUAUAUGUAAACUAUCCUUUGCAUAUGCCAAAUCGUUUGUUGCUCACGCUGGUGGUGAACAUAAUAUCGCCCUCCUUGAAGAAGAGCGACAAAUUUUGUCACAAAAGAACAUCUCUGCCAUCAUCCAAGGAGUGGGAAAAGAAAAAGAACCACUUCUGUCAUUCCUCGAACCUAUUCCUAGCAAAGCAGCGGAAGUCAAUGAAACACCCCACUUUCAAAGAAGUUUCUAUGACCAAGCUGCUCAUAGCUCAUAUUCUAGUUCCUCCGCAGCAUCAAGUGCUGUCAGUUCUCUCCUAAGCAUUGUCAAUAGUGCUGUGUCUAGUGUGAUUUGUCAAUCUAUAAACAGUUCAGUAACCACAACAUUAGUCCCCGCAUGCUUAAACCCAGUUGCAUCAGUCAGGGACAUCAAAGAAUCUGUGAUUGAUCCAACAACAAAACAAAAUAAUCAGGGAAACUCUUCUGACUAUCUAAAAACCAGUGAGGAGUCUUUAGCCCCAGAACUUGAGGACUUAGCAAAUAUAGAAAAAUUAGCAAAAGCAGCUGCUGCAGCUGCAGAAGCGAAAUCCUUUUCUGAGGUAGACAUUCCCAGUUAUAGGGAUCAGAAUAGAAGAAAUUUCCAGACAGAAAAUAGAAGAGAACAAAACGUUGACAUUCAUGACUCUCCAAGCCCUACUCUAUCUCAUUUAAGAGUAACGUCAGCAGAUAGACCAACUAGCAGUAGCAGUGGGGGCAGCAUAUCCCCUGGAGCGUGUAGUUCUCCAAAAGUUUCAAUCUCUCCGAAUUCAUGCUUAGCUACAAGCCAUUCUCCUGGGCUUGGAAUUGGUAACAUGAUGGGAAUCUGUUCCCAACACCCUGAUGGUAAGACGAACGGUGUAGAAUGUCCGAAGUGUGACGUUAUUCUUGGGUCCUCAAGGUCCCUGGGUGGUCAUAUGACCAUGAUGCACUCCAGAAACUCUUGUAAAACUCUUAAAUGUCCGAAGUGUAAUUGGCAUUAUAAAUAUCAAGAAACAUUGGAAAUUCACAUGAAAGAAAAACACCCUGAAAAUGAAAUGAGCUGUAUCUACUGUAUUACAAAUCAACCACACCCGAGGCUUACUCGUGGAGAAACGUACACAUGUGGAUACAAACCAUAUCGAUGCGAAGUGUGUAAUUACUCAACAACUACGAAGGGAAACCUCAGUAUCCAUAUGCAGUCUGAUAAGCACAUAAACAACGUUCAAGAGCUGCAAAAUGGGAAUAUUUCAUCUGAGCACAUAGUCCAGCCCCAACCAUUAUCCAACGCCCAUGUUCAAGAACAACCCAAGAAAGGGCCGUCUCCAAAUAAACCGAAAGCGACGUGGCGUUGUGAUGUGUGCAACUACGAAACUAAUGUUGCCCGAAAUUUGCGGAUUCACAUGACCAGCGAGAAGCACACUCAUAACAUGAUGGUGUUGCAGCAAAACGUGAAACAUAUGCAACAUUUGACAGCUCUUCAGCAAGCCCAAGCUCUUGAUCCAAUGUUUCAGUUCCAUCCGGGGUUGCUACUUCCACAUGAUAACCAGCUGCAACCCGAGGCUGCUCUAGCUGACAUGUACUACAACCAUGCACUCUUAAUGAUGGCCAGCCAGCAACAACAACAACAGAGGGCGAUGGCAGUAGCAGCCGCUGCUACCUCUGGUCCAGGCAAAAGCCCCCCUGGAAUACCUCCACUAACCUCCAAUGCCACUCCCACUGUGGACAUGGAGCACCCUGACCCCACCCUUGUUCCAGACAUGCCUUAUGAUGACGAUUCUAAGAUGUUCCAGUGUUGUAUCUGCAGUUUGUUCUCAACCGACACUGUGGAAGGUUUGAAUUACCAUCUUCAGCAGGACCGAUCUAGAGAGAGAGAAGACGAGGUGCUGAUGGUGGUGUCUGGAAACUUCGUCUGUAAACUGUGUUCCUACAAAACCAAUCUGAAAGCGAACUUCAUGCUACAUAGUAAAACUGAUAAACACCUUCAACGUCUCCAGCAUGUUAACCACAUCAAAGAAGGUGGCCCUAGGAAUGACUGGAAGCUCAAAUACAUUAAUAUGAGCAAUCCAGUGCAAGUUCGAUGUAACGCUUGUGAUUAUUACACCAACAGCGUUCAUAAACUUCAAAUCCACACAAAUAGCCAGAGGCACGAGGGCUGCGCUAGAUUGUUCCUGCAUCUCCAGCUUAGUAAAGCCAGCACGAACUCUGAGUCGUCGUUUUACCACUGUGUUUUAUGUAACUUUUCGACUAACACAAAACAAAAGCUUAUCCAACAUGUUAGUUCAUUAGAACACGUGAAACACGAGAGCAUGAGACAAAUGCAAAGAAGUGCGGACGACCAUGGAAGAGAAGACAGUUUCAAAGACAUCUUAAUGGUGAAAGUACCUUCAGGAAACAGUAAAUCUGAACUAGGUUCAGAAACAUCCCCAAAAUUAAAGGAACACGUAGAGAACGAAGCUCACAAGAGUGAAGAUCAUUGUGAGCAGUCUAAGGAAGACCGGAAUGACAGUUCUGCCCUUAAACAAGUUUUACUCGACCAAACCAAAAACGCUACCGUACCAAGCACGUCGGAAGAUAGCAGCAAAGUACGCCAUCAGGUUUAUACCUGUCCUUUCUGUAAUUAUACCAGCUCUAACGAAGUCCGUAUUCAGAUGCACGUGGUGACCCAGCAUUCACAGAAACCAGCCUCCCUGAAUUGUCCCCUGUGUCAAGACAAUUUUGUAGAAUGGACAGAGUUGGAAAAGCAUGUAGUGGACACUCAUAAUGUCAACAAGGAAGGAGUUAAAAGACUUUUGGCUCUCGUGGAUCAGUCAGCAUUUGAAGAUAUGCCUAAAACAGCAAUUCAAAAUGAAGAUUGUAUAGAGUCCAAAGGUAACAACAGUGAAGACGACAGUGACAGUCAGGAGAUCUCGUACGCAGAAGAAUCGGCAGCUGAAGAGUUGGCGUGUCCUGUUUGUUCUAAAACGUUUAGUAAUGUUGAUGACCUGUUUCUGCACCAGAACGAAAAAGGCCAUAUAGAAAUAAAGCAAACACCACGAGAAUCAGGGUACAUGUGUUGGUGGAAAGGUUGCAAACAAUGUUUUCCUUCAUCUCAAACUCUACAGCUCCAUUUCAAAGAAAUUCACGCAAAAAUUCCACAACUUGCAGUGUCUGAUCGUCAUGUAUAUAAGUAUCGUUGUAGUCAGUGUAGCCUAGCAUUCAGAACCUUGGAUAAAUUACAGCUUCAUUCGCAGUACCAUGUAAUCCGAGCAGCAACAAAGUGUGUCCUAUGUGACCGCAGUUUUCGCUCUAUCCAAGCCCUGAAGAAACAUGUUGAGACAUCUCACAUAGAUAUGACUAACGAGGAGAUGGAACAGUAUAAAGCUAGCCUGGCCAAUAAUCCUCUGCUAACAAACCACGGAAGUGGUCCAGGAGUACUAGACCCACAAACAACAGAACUCAUGAAGAAAGACAACAACAGAGAUAUAGCAGAAUCGUUUGAAGAGCUUAUGGAUACGUCGAUUCCUGGUGAUGAUGUCUCAGACCAACCUAAUAAUUCCGAAGGAAACACUGAAGACGGGAACGACCCAACUACUAACCUGGUAGAUGACAGCUCAAAGGAACAGUUUUUUGAAGAUUACAUUAAUAGCCAGGCCGUAGCAGAAGAUAGCUACUGUGAUCCCACACGAAAAUACAAAUGUCAUCGAUGUAAAGUUGCUUUCACCCGACAGAGUUAUCUCACAAGCCAUAACAAGACUCUGCUCCAUCGGAAGGGAGAGAAGAUGAGCUACCCCAUGGAGAAAUAUCUUGAUCCUAACAGGCCUUACAAGUGUGAUGUUUGUAAGGAAUCCUUUACACAGAAGAACAUCUUGCUUGUGCAUUAUAACUCUGUUUCUCACUUACACAAGUUGAAGCAAAGUAUGAAAGAGAACAGUACAGGCGCAGUUACAACAGUUUCAACUGCGCCCACGACUAGUACGACGAAAUCUAGCAGUAACUGUCCAAGUCCAAGUAGUACUUCAAGUAAUAGUGAAUCCGAUAAGAAACCAUACAAGUGUAACAUUUGUAAGGUUGCUUAUAAUCAAGGAUCUACUUUAGAUAUACAUGUAAAGUCUGUUUUACAUCAGACUAGAGCUUCUAAACUCCACGAACUUGCCAUAACUGGGCAAAUAGAUUUGAGUAUCCCACUUAUUGAAAAACCUGAAUCCACACAUGCCCAAGAGGCUCAGCCAAAAGACUUUAACGACAGUUCAAACAAUCUAAAGCUCGAGACAGAAACACGUGUAACUACAUCUACUUUAACUUCAGUUCCUGCACCUCAGCCUUCCAAGCAAAAUGAAUUAUUACAAGUUCCUCACUGUAUUGCACCAGUAUCUGGUACAGUCACUAAAUCCAGUGCCUCUUCUCAACUACCAUUUCAAGUUCCUCCAGAUCCUUCAUCUGUACAACAGGCCUUAAGCCUUGCAUCCCAUUUAGCUCAAUCACCAGUUCUUACGCCUACUGGUGUUUCUCUGCUUGGAACAUACACUUGUCAACGUUGUCACCAGCCAUGUAUCUCUCAGGAGGCUUUACUUCAACACCAACAACUGUGUUGUUUCUUUGGUCAGCCAUCCUCAUCACUUUUUGGAGUGGGCCCACCAGGUAUACCUUCUAAUGCUCUAACAGGUUUAUCACAAUCCCAGAUACCGACACAGAUGACUCAUCUAGAUAUAUCUUGUGGCCAACAUCGACCAGACUUGGGAUAUCCCAAAUUUGAACAUGUUUCUUCUUCUCACACUGAAAGUAAUGUAGAAAGACUUUCCUUUCCCUCUCAAGUUAAUGAUGAAACAUCAGUACGAAUGAGCCCUCAAAUGCUACGACCAAAGUGUCCCUACCCAAGAAGCAAACCUCUCAUGUAUAAACAUCUUCUGGAAAGUUAUGGGUUCGACAUAGUCAUGCAGUUUAAUGAGUUUAGCAAAAAAAAGGUAAAGAAGGAUACUGAGAAAAUAGAUGAUGAAGGUGAGAAGGAAGAACGUAGUUACAAAAAAGAUAAUAGUGAUGAAGGAGGGAAAAAUGAUGAUAAAAAAGGUAUGAAUAUCAAUUUCUUACCAGAAAUCAACAAAUCUGUUUGCGAGUUGUGUCAGAGAGAGUUUUCUAGUGUGUGGGUUUUGAAAUCUCAUAAAGAGGAAUAUCACAAAAAAGUUGUACCAUUUAAUUUACUAGAAACUUUUGUAGAAGAAUACAGAAGACAUUACGAGAAACGACAAUCACAAACAGAGGAUACAGGUAGUAUUUCUGAUGCUACACCAACUCCUAUAUCAACACCAGACAGUAUUGGCCAAGUACAAAAAGAAUCUUGCCCAUCCAUGAACCUCAGUCUCUCAGUUGCAACGACUCAACCAUCACCUGUUACAACCAUGGCUGGUCAACAUAACGAUUCCUUUAAUGCUAAUCAAAUGGCAGCACAGUUCCAGUUUAACCAGCUGUUGAUGAGCAUGGGGUUAGGAAUGGGUUUACCAGUAGGCAUGGGGAUGCCCUUUACUGCUAUGAAUAUGCAUCCUCCAAUGAUACCAGUAAUGAUGCCACCCCCUGUGGAUCCUUUCAUGGCAUCCGCUUUCAAUCACCCAAUGCUAGCUGGUUCAAUGGAACCUAACUACUUUGCCUCUCAGCAGAAGCUUUUGCAACAGCAACCACAACAAUUAUCCCAGUCGCAACAACAGAAGCGAGCAAGAACACGUAUUAAUGAUGACCAACUGAAAGUCUUGCGUACGUAUUUUGACAUUAACAAUUCUCCUACAGAAGAACAGCUGGUAGAAAUGUCAGAGAAGUCUGGAUUGACAGUGAAGGUUAUUAAACAUUGGUUUAGAAACACUUUGUUUAAAGAAAGACAACGCAAUAAAGAUUCUCCUUACAACUUCAGCAAUCCUCCUUCUACUUAUUUAAAUUUGGAAGAAUACGAGAAAACAGGGGAGGCAAAAAUUCUCUCAAUGAAUGAACCUGACUGUCAGAGUGAUUUUAACAACACAGACCAUACAGAAACACGUCAAGAAAAUGAACUUACAACACCAAAGAAAAGCAUCAUUCUCUUUGACAAAGACAACAUGAAUUCAUGUGAGCCACAAAUGCCAGAAGUAGCUAUAAAUGACAAAGAUACUUCAAAUCAGUGUGGGGACAAAGGUGGUUCAAUCUUAGAUGCGUAUCCGACACUGGUAUCGCGAAAUUCAGAAUUAAGUAGGGAACCAGCCUUGUACAGUGACUCGUAUAAUUCACAAAAUGAUAUUUUAAAGCAAAAGGACUCGACUGACGAUUCAGCAGAUUAUUCAUCAGGUUCGGUAAAUUUUUCAGUGGCUACAACCAGCACUUCAUUUGGACACAAAGGACUUCCUAAGAAUGAUUUGGCAAAGUCUACCCUGUCUCCUAAUUCAAUGUCAUCUAGAAGCUCUGGAUCAGGAAAACGUGCAAACAGAACACGUUUUACCGAUUAUCAGGUUAAAAUUUUACAAGAGUUUUUUGAAACAAAUGCCUACCCAAAGGACGAUAAUUUGGAUUAUUUGUCAAAGUUGUUAAAUUUAAGUCCUCGUAUUAUUGUAGUAUGGUUCCAAAAUGCAAGACAAAAGGCAAGAAAGAUGUAUGAAAAUCAACCUCCAGUAACAAAUGAAGACGAAAAUUCUGUGCGUUUUCAGAGAACGCCGGGAUUAAACUAUCAGUGUAAAAAGUGUUUGCAAGUAUUCCAAAGGUAUUAUGAACUAAUUAAGCAUCAGAAAAGUAUAUGUUUCAAGGAUGAAAACCCUGUUGUAACACAGAUGAAAAAUUCCCCAGAGGAAACUGAAUCAAGAUCACGACCUGUUUUGCCAACAUCAAAUCAAGGAAUCAAUCCAUCACCUGAACAAAGUAAAGCUACUUGUCAAAACGGAACAUAUCGUUGUGAUAAAUGUAGUUUAGCUUUUCCACGUUUCGAUCUUUGGCGAGAACAUCAAAUUGUCCAUAUAAUGAACCCAAACCUAUUUACUAACUUCUCAUCAAACUCUUCAUUUGGAAUGCUUCAGUAUGAAGCACAGCAAGGAACAAUGCCAUCAAUGAAACGUAAACUUUCAGAAGAUGAAGAAUCAAAGGAAUCGACUGACCAACCGCGAGAUAAAAGGCUGAGGACAACAAUUCUUCCAGAACAACUUGAUUUUUUGUACCAAAAAUAUCAGAUAGAAAGUAAUCCCAGUCGGAAAAUGCUUGAGACUAUCGCUCGAGAAGUAGGUUUAAAAAAAAGAGUUGUACAAGUUUGGUUUCAAAACACACGUGCCCGAGAGAGAAAAGGACAGUUCCGUGCUCAUCAGCAAGUUAUACAUAAACGGUGCCCAUUUUGUCGAGCAUUGUUUAAAGCUCGAUCUGCACUAGAGUCUCAUUUAGCCACAAGGCAUGCUGAUCAAUAUACUAAAGGAGAAAUAAACGUUGACACUUUACCUGACGGAGACACUGAUUCAGAAGCUGCAAAUAGUGCGGAGGAUGAAGGUAAGGGAAAUAGUUCAAAUUUUCCGGGCUUGUUUGCCCCAUCUUCUCCUGUGCCAGGAUAUUCUCCUUCUGCUAUGGACUCCGCGAAUAAAAAUAUAGACGAAGAACACACGAAUAAAUAUGAAGAUGAUUUAUCUUUACUCAAUCGUUAUACAAAAGAAUCUUCAGGGCCAACAGAUCUUAGUGUAAAACCUCAGCUACCGAGAACAUCAGAAACGAAGGAUGGCCCACUUGAUCUAAGUAAACCUGUGAAGAUAAACGUUGAAGCAGAUAAACCUAUAGACCCAAUACCUACUAACUUAAGUGACAGAAGCUUCGACGAUUCGUCUUUUCGCUUAAAAAUGGCUGAUGAUGUACGUUCAGAGACUCAUUCAGAAUCUACAGAUAGAGAAGGUGAAGAUUUGUCACACGAAAGUAACCCGACCUCUCCUGCGACCCAAUCUCAAUUGCAAAGUUCACGCAGUACAGCCAACUCUGGCAAACGAUUUAGAACCCAGAUGAGUACAUUGCAAAUAACAAUAAUGAAGUCUAUCUUCAAGGACUAUAAGACACCAUCUAUGGCAGAAUGUGAACAACUGGGGCGUGAAAUAGGUCUUGCCAAAAGAGUUGUUCAAGUUUGGUUCCAGAACGCUCGAGCAAAAGAGAAGAAAUCCAUACUAGCUUUUACAAAGACUUUUGGACAGGAAAUGGAGACUAAAAAUACAGCAGAAGAAUGCAAAAUCUGCACUUUCAAGUAUGAUCCAAAAUAUUCUACUAGUUUUCAGGAUCAUUUGUUCUCCAGAAAACAUAUAGAAAACCUGAAGAACCAAAUUGAGGGCCAAAAGAAGUUGAAAGAUAGUCAAGAAACUUCCCCUCUUUCCACUUCUGGUGGAGGAAAUCCUUUAUCUCAGCUCAUGCAGCAGGAGAAAUUAGAAACCAGUUCGUCCUCAGUAAGGUGUUCCACUUCUACCAUUUCAACAUCAGGUCAACAGAACCUAAUGCAACAGCUUCAAAUGAUGGAACUACAACAGAUGGCUGGUCUUGGUGUUCCUGGACUACAUCAUUCACCUGUGCUUGGCUUGUCCUUAAACCAAGACACAAGUUCACCAAGUACAGAAGAUAACGUUAAUUCUCCCUUCAGUGAAAGAACCUCAAUGGGGAAAGGAAACAUAGCAGGAUCAUCAACAUCAUUGGGACUUUCCAAUACUUCCAUUAAACCAAUCGAUGACGACACCAAAGACACCGUGGUGCCAGUGCCUUCUGCAGUUUCUACUCAUAGCAGUACACCAGUGGCUCAACAGAUGGACUUUUCCGUAUCUCCUAGUGAUGGAUCGGGCCUGUUUCCUUACAUGUACAGCGGAGUACCAGGAUACUAUCCAGGGAUGCCUGGCAACCUCAUUCCUCCUAGCAUGUACAACACAGGAGGCUCAGCGGGAGGAUUAUUUUAUGAUGCCAACAUGUACAGUACUCCGUUGUCACUACUGCAGCUUCCAUCUCAAGCCUUAGUAGACGUCACCCAGAAAUUAUCACAGCCUGGAAACAGCAUUACUAGGUUUUCUCAGGAUGGUAAGACCUUGGUUGACUUGAAAGGUUCUUCUCAAGAUACUGACUUCCAACAAGUGGCUGAAAUAGAUAUUGAUGUUGGCUUUAUGUGUAAGAACUGUCAAAUGGUGUACCCUUCUGAAGUUCUUUGUCUCAAUCAUCAAAGGGCGACUUGCUUCGGCGCAGCCAAAGGGGACAUUCAAGCUAUAUUGAGGCUCGUCCAAAUUCAUUUCGAAUGUCGUGUCUGUUGCGAGCGAUUUCUAACCAUCUUAAAUUUUAAGUUUCAUUGCGACAUGGACCACCACGUCAGACGAGUACAGAAACUUCAGCGAGGUGCUAGUUCCAGCUGUGACUUGGGAACUUCUAUGAGCAAUCAAAUUUCUGCAGCUCAGAACAUUACAACCCCAAAUAAUCACUUGCCUAACAACAACACUUCACAGAUAAUGCCGUCUACCUCUAGCUCUCCGAUUCUGCCUGGUUUCUCCGUCGCUGCAGCCACCAACCAACACUGUUCUUUGACGUCAUCGAUAUCCCAGAGUACAGGAAUAUCCACAUCACGAGGGCGAAAUGUUGGCCCACAACCUCUGCCUGACAAAAGAAAAGGUCUGCCGGAAAUUGUUCCUUCUCUUCCAUUUCCAGGAGUUCCGUCGGACUUCAGGCAUGAGCUGGACUCUGCUCUAAGUUUCAGCAUGGGAUUCGAGGCAAUGGUCAUGCGAAACGGAAUGGACUCCUCAACCUUUGAUAUAGCCGUUUCUGACCACAUGUCUCCCACCUCGAAGCGAGGGAUCUGUUUCUCAGGUGAUCCGACACUAAGUCCAGAGGCCAAAAGGCUUUGAUUUUCUUAAAAUUUACUGGGCAAUAAUGUUCUUCUCAACCGUUCACUUUCAAAUUAAGGUAUCUUUUAAAAUGAACAGAACAUAGUAUUUGCUUUUGUAAUACUAGGUUUAUCAUUCAAGGAUAUGUAGGUUCUAAAACUUGAGUCAUUUUUGUCAAUGAUAUCUUACAAUCGAAACUUUUAACGCGUCAUUUGAACUUAAAUUUUGAAAUUCAAUUGUCGUCAAAUUAACAUAAAAAGUUUUCGUUUUUUAUUUCUUUAUCAUUGGUGUAUAACAUAUACAUGCUUUAAUUCGUAGAUAGACCUAUGUGGCGUUUCCUACACACUCAGGUAUUUGCUUAGUCAACUUACCAAGCAAGUCCAGUCAUGUAAAAAAAAAUCAUUAUUGUGGUUUGUAUUGUCUGUAUAUUAAUCUCAUGUCGUAGAGCUUUGGAAGUAGAUUCCAUAUCUUGGUCAAUGAAGUAACAACCAUCAUGUCAUCUACAUGAAAAACAUGAAAGAUUACCAUGGUCUAAGCACUCCUUAAACUUGUUUCAAAUCUUCAUUUUUGCAGAUAUAUAUCCAUUCCCCAGUACCAAGACAGGUAACUGACUUUGAAGAACUUGAGUUGACUUUUUGUUGACAACCUUGAUUAAAAGAAAAGGGAAAAUAGCCAAGAGGCUUUACAAGUCCGUAAUUUAGUUUGUAUCGUAUAGGAGGUAAUUGGACGAAAGUCACAAAAUUUAUGAACCAAAUCACAUUGUGCACUACAAGAUAAUGUUCCUGACCGACAUUCGCCCACAAUCCUCAUCUCCUAGGGCGAACCCGGGCUAAUGAAAGUUCCUGUUUUUUUACAUGUGAAACGACCUCGUGUAGGAUAAAGAAAAUUUUAGCGUUUUCUUGUUUCUCGUAAGAUUGUUAUCACCUUUUUGCACGUCAUUGCAUCCGAAAAGUAAAUCACUGCAGAAACUCGGUAGACAUACACACCUUUUACCUUUCUUUAUACACAGAUGCCAAGUCUGUGUAAGUAUGUACAAUGUGAAUAUCUGCAGAACCAUUAAAAUGUGGAGAAAACAUUUAACGGUUUGGAAGAAUUACUUAUCAUAUUGCAUGCUUUUAUUUCUGGUGUGUGUGUGUGUGUGUGUGUGUGUGUGUGUAUGUGUGAGAAAUGUAUUGGUAAUGGGUUAGCUAAUCACUUCAAACUUCAAUCAAUUGAUGUAAUGCUUAUAUAGUGAAAAUACAUAACUAGGAGAAGCGAUUGAGGAAAAGUAGUUAGCUAUUUCCUGUUAAGUUUAAGAACUUUAAAAUAAAAUAAAAGCGGCAGGAGAAAGAUGCCUCACUGCCAAGUUGGAGUUUGAUGAGUCCUAAGAAGUUAGGUUGCCGACAGAUGGCGCCUACCCUAAAUUGAGUCAGCCUAUCAAAUAAUCGGGUUUGAAAUAUAACUUAAAAGCAUCUGGAUAUUACUUGUGGUUGUAAAUAAUACAGUGAAGAUGAACUGAGCUUUCUCAAAGAGUUUCUUGGUGGUGGUUAGGUAAAUUACAUCAUACUUCAGCACCUAAUGGAAACAAGGACUUAUCUUCUUGUAGAUGAAUGGAGUUAGAGAUUACGUCUAUACCUUGACAAUACUAUAUAUUUUUGGAGGUGUUGGGUUUCGUGUAGAUGUAAUAUUUGAACUCUAUGUCUUUGAUUUUAUAUAUGUGAAUAUUAUAUAUGUGUACUCAUUACAAUACACACAUACAUGUACAUCUGCUUUACUCGCCUUUACAAACAGGGGGGUGUGACCCAGUUCCUAAUCUUUUUUCAGAAUGAAAUGCUAAUGUGUACACGAACAGAAAGUUUUUGCACGAAUAAUUCUUACCUUGUAUGUAUUGAUAAAGCUUUUCUCUUAAUUUAUUAUUCUUAUGUGCUUGAUUUUAACUACACUUAUUUCUUAAAUGUGCUCUGAAUUUGGGACAUAAAAUAAAUGAAGUGAAUCUGCAAGAAAAGUUCAAAGUGACCUGAUGGCUCCCCCUACCGUAUCUGAUAAAAAAUAAAUUUAAAUUUGUAAGCAAAAAGGUUUCAACUUUGAAUUAUUCUAAUAGCUUUAUCGAACUAUAAUAAUAUAUAGUACCUUGAUCUGUUUUGUAGAUGAUGUUAUAAAGUUGAAUAUAAAAUCAAAACGUUAAGUACAAAUAAACAAAUUUUGCAGUUCAAGAAGUUACAUUUAAAUUUCGUCAAAUUGAAUGGUUAGGCUGACUGUAAACAGUUUUGUUCCUUUAACUGUGAUAAUAUUUCUUAUCUGCAGGAUGUGGAAAACUGUUGACCAGUACGAGAGGGGUGGCCUUCAGGUUAAUUAAAGAUGGUGCUUGUUGCUUGGAUACAAAGACAUGGUGAUUCUUUUUUUGACGUAAACUUUGUUUAGAAGUUUUGUAAUCAAUCACUUGAACUGUAGUUACACUCGUUGGCUAAGAGAUGCCUAGCACUAAAGUUGUUACCAGUCAAUAAAAAAGGGGUUAAGAUGAAAAAAAAAAUCUCACCAGAUGGCUGUCGACUUGUAUCCCAGCAGACAAUGCGCUUUUUAGAGUAGGUAAAGAUGGCUUCCUCGCAUUGAUUCGCUUCAGGGUUCAUAGACGACAGCCAUUUUGAUAGAAAUUUUUAUUGUUCGUGUUUUGUUGAGGACUUGUUUUGGCUCUCCAAGUGUACAGUACUUUUCUAUGGAAGGAAGAGACAAAGCAAGUAUAGACAGGGCGCAUUUAGCUCUGGUGUCCUGUUUGUAUCUGUAUAAGCGACGCCGAGCAAUGCUCAAAUGAUGUAUAAAUACAUGUAAGCCAGUAUUGAUAAUGGUCUUGUUUAUGCUGUUUCAAUACUUUUUUUAGUGUCGUUUUAAAGGGAGUCUUGAUGUAUAAGGCAUAAAGAUGAACCAACUGUUUAUUAGAUGUACUAUAAUUGGAUUUGAAGCUUUGAAUAACGAAAUAUUGCAAUACAACACUGCAACAAAAAAAAUUAAAAAAGAAAAGAAAUAAAAUCCGUGAUUUGAUUUUAAAAGUGGGCAAUGUUAGUUGAAAUAUUUAGGAAGGGAUCAACAUGUUUACCUCAGCAAAGAAUUGAACGCCCCCUACUAAACAUUAAAAAAACUCUCAGGUUGAAAGUUGAGGAAAAGCUAGGAAAAUGUACUUCCGCGUUUUCUUCGUGCAGAACAUACGAGAUUGUUAUGACUGGUGGACAAAGUGCUCUAAGCUCCUCCGUGAACUUGAUCUGAACAAAUUGGAAAUAGUUUCUUGGCUUAAAAGAAAAUUUCCCGUCAGCUGGGGUCCUUGCAGUUUGGAGACAUUUUCCUCUACCUCAAACUAAAUAUGAAGUUCCUAUGAUAUGCAUGGACCCAGUUGUUUAGUUUGGUUGUAGUUUCGGUUUUCUUCAACACACUGACAUUAUGGUGGCAUAUUCGCUGUAAUUCCCCACUCCCGUACAUUGUACAUGCCUAUGUAUUGAAUUGUGUGUAUAAAAAUAUCUUUCAUCUGUGAAGUGUUUGUUUUCAAAACUGUUUGUUUUGCUGUCGGUAAUAUUAGUGGUAAUCAAUAGCUCGUAUCUUGCUGUAAAUUACUAAUGGUAAAAAAGUCAAUGUUCCUAGGUUACGGGUGCAACCAACUACGAAAGCACACAACUAGAUUUCUUAUUCGGUGUUUUACACACGUCGUCCUACUUCGAACUGUUCCUCACGAUGACGUCACCUGGCGUCAUCACUAGCCUGGUAUAUAUACAUAUUUAUACAUAAAUAUAUAAAACUGUCCCUUGAUGUGCUUUGAUGAGCAAGUUCCUUGGUAGGAAUUAAGGCCCUCAAACAUAUUUUUGACAGAUUUCAUGAAAAUAAUAAUAAUAAAUUCGUUUAUUUAACUAAAUUCAAGAGUAAUUAAUGUAUAUCAAUAUUUACCUGGUCUUGUUAUUAUAUGUAUAAGUUCAGGUAUUUAAGUCUAUGAAGAUUGAACAUCAGAAUAAAACUCACAAACUUUGAUUAUGUUGCGUUUUAUUGCUUUAGUAGUUGUAGAUAUUGUUUCAUAUAUACAUAACUGUGCAGGUCUAUUUUUGGUAUAUUGGUUAAAAGUUCUAGGGUUUUACACAUGGUGGCUUAUGUAAUCUGCUUCAAGCUGUAAUAAACUGUCUAA